AUGGAGUCAAACCUUCAGUAUGCUGUCAAGGAGUACUGGAAUGAACGGUUCUCUACCGAAGAAUCUUUUGAAUGGCUCAAAGACUUCUCUGCCUUCCAGCAUCUUGUACUUCCAGAACUCAAGUCUGACUCCAGGAUUUUGCAUAUCGGUUGUGGGAACAGUCAAAUGUCUAUGAGAUUAUUGGAGAUGGGAUUCAAGAAUAUUACAAAUUUGGAUUAUUCCGAAAAAGGCCGUGAAAAAUAUCCAGAAAUGGACUGGGUUUGUGACGACAUCAGGUCUUUAGAAUCUUUACAAAAUGAAUCCUUCGAUGUCGUGUUGGAGAAGGCUACAAUCGAAGCCUUGUUAGUCGGAGAAAAGAGUGCUUGGAAUCCAUCUGACGAAGCUCUGGUGACAGUUGACAAUGUUCUCAAAUCUAUACGACGGGUGUUAGCACCAAGAGGUGUGUUCAUCUCCAUUUCCUUCACGCAACCACAUUUCCGAGUACCUGCUCUACUUAGGGACAACAUAUGGCAUGUGCAAGUAGCGGAGUUCGGCGAUUCGUUUCAUUAUUUCGUUUAUAUAUGUCGUACGAAUGCUUCUGAAGAUGAAAAGCUUUCGUCUUCCACUUCCUCCGAUCGAUUCCGUGCCAUAGUGCCUGGUUGGAGCAGGGCAAUUCCUAAGGGGGGCGGGGACAUGUAG